AUGUGGACUGAACGAGCAAUAGGUCAGUGGUACUUUAAAGGCACGGACUUUGACCUGACGCCGUCGCGAAAAGAUGGUCUUUCUAUGGACGAAGAGAGGACGCGACGUGCUAAAGGAGUUAAAUUUAUACAGGAUGUUUGUUUUGAUCUUAAACUACCACAAAUAACGAUAGCUACUGCAGCAACAUUUUUGCACAGAUUCUAUAUGAGGCGAAGUCUGCUAAAAUUCCAUCACUAUGAUAUUGCGGGAACUUGUGUAUUUGAGGCCUGCAAGACAGAAGAGACCAGUCGAAAAAUGGAUGACGUGGCUCGUAUCUGUGCAAAGAAAGCACAAAAGAAUUCAGCGUUAGAAGAUCCAGCAGAAUUCGCGAAAUGGAGACACACAAUCAAUAAAAAUGAACCUUUUCUCCUUGGAGCGCUAGAGUUUGACUUGCACAUCGAACAUCCGUAUCGGAUGCUUCUAAAAUACGCAAGGGAACUUAAGAAUGAUAAAAACAUCCUUGAAAAGGAUGGUGCAAAAAAGCUUGCACAGAGUGCAUGGGCUAUUGUCAAUGACAGUCUGCGUACACCUUUGUGUUUACGACACAGACCAAAUGUAAUAGCAAGUGCAGCAAUUUACAUCGCGGCAAAAUUAUCAAAUGUACGAUUAAAUGACGAUCCUUCGCAAGGACAAACAUGGUGGUCAAUUGUUAAUGCUGAUAUUCUUCAAGUGGCUGGUAAAUAUAAAUAA